AUGGGAACACUCAGAAGUUUUGUCUUUCUCUCUGUCCUAUACCUGCUAGGGGGCUGCAAUUCGUCUCUGAUUGAACUGAAAGACAAUGGCUAUGAAGGUAUUAUCAUUGCUAUAAACGCUGAUGUGCCAGAAAAUGAAGCUCUAAUUACAGAAAUACAGGACAUGGUGACUGAAGCUUCUGCUUACCUGUUUAAAGCCACAGAAAAGAGAACAUAUUUUAAAAAUGUAAAUAUAUUAAUUCCAGACACCUGGAAACAUAAACCUCAAUAUAUGAGGCCAGGACGUGAAAGCUACAAACAUGCUACUGUCAUAAUUGCACCACCUGCAUCGCCAGGCAGAGAUGAGCCCUACACCAGACACUUUUCACAGUGUGGAGAAGAAGGAAAAUUCAUUCACUUGACCCCUGAGUUUCUACUUGGAAACAAACAAAAUGAAUAUGGACCAACAGGUCGACUGCUUGUCCAUGAAUGGGCUCACCUCCGCUGGGGAGUGUUUGAUGAGUACAAUGAGGAUGAGCCUUUCUACGCUGCUUCAAACAAGAAAAUUGAAGCAACAAGGUGCUCCAAAGGUAUUACUGGUGUAAAUAGAGUUUUUAAGGAUCAAGGAAGCAGCGAUGUACUUAGACCAUGCAGAUUUAAUUCUACAACAAAACUAUAUGAAAAAGAUUGUCAGUUCUUCCCUGAUAAAAAGCAAACUGCAAAAACAUCAAUAAUGUUUAUGCAAGCUAUAGAUUCUGUUGUUGAAUUCUGUAAUGAAAAGAACCAUAAUAAAGAAGCUCCAAACCUACAAAAUAAAAAGUGUAAUCGCAAAAGCACAUGGGAAGUAAUCAGAAAUUCUAAGGAUUUUAAUAACACGAAGCCUAUGGUGACACCACCCCCUCUGCCUGUGUUCUCAUUGCUGAGGGUCGGUGAAAGAAUUGUAUGCUUAGUUCUUGAUAGGUCUACAAGCAUGGGGGAUUAUAAUCGUCUGAAUCGAAUGAACCAAGCAGCAAAACAUUUCCUGCUUCAGGUUGUUGAAAACAGAUCCUUUUUGGGAAUAGUUGUUUUUGAUAGUAGUGCUUUUACUCAAAGCCCUCUAAUCAAAAUAACAAGUCAAAAAGACAGAGAGACCCUCGUGGAAAAGUUACCUCCACAACCUACGGGAGGAACUUCCAUUUGCUCUGGAAUUCGAAAGGCUUUAGAGGAAAUUAAAAAAGUACAUCCCCAAGUAAAUGGAUCUGAAAUAGUACUGCUGACGGAUGGGGAGAAUAAUACUCCAAUAGACUGUGUUGACGAAAUGGUACAAAGCGGGGCCGUCCUUCAUUUAAUUGCUUUGGGAAGAAAUGCUGACAGAGCUGUCAUUAAAAUGAGCACUCUAACAGGAGGAAAGCAUGUUUUAUCAAGUGAUGCUUCUGAGAACAAUGGCCUUGUGGAAGCUUUCUCAGCCCUUACAUCAGAAAACACUCCUCUCUCUGAAAAGUCUCUUCAGCUUGAAAGUAGGGGGGAAAAGCUCAACCAAAAUGAAUGGAUAAAUGACACUAUAACCAUUGACAGCACCGUGGGAAGGGACACAUUCUUUCUCAUCACAUGGGAGAAAGCAGCCCCCCUAAUUUUUCUGCGGGAUCCUGAUGGAACAAAGAUAGAAAAUUUCUCAGAAGAUAAAGAUUCCAAAAUGGCCUACCUCAGUCUUCCAGGAAUUGCAAAGGCUGGUGUUUGGACUUACAGUCUUCAAGCCAAAGCAGGCCCAGAAACACUAACUAUUACAGUAAAUUCUCGAGCAGCAGAUCCUUCUGUGCCUCCAAUCACAGUGAAUGCUAAAAUGAAUCAAGACACAAACAAAUUUCCCAACCCUUUGAUUGUAUAUGCAGAAGUUCUACAAGGGUUUACACCCAUUCUUGGAGCCUCUGUGACAGCCAUCAUUGAAACAGAAAAUGGAACCACCACAACUUUGGAACUUCUAGAUAAUGGUUCAGGUGCCGAUUCUCUAAAGAAUGAUGGUGUCUACUCCAGAUAUUAUACAGCUUAUAGAGGAGAUGGCCGACAUAAUUUAAAAGUACAGGUUCAUGGAGGAGCAGCUGCUAAGAGAAGCUUAAGAUAUCCCCUAAAUAGAGCAGCAUUUGUACCAGGCUGGGUGGUUAAUGGAGAAAUUCAAGUGAAUCCACCAAGAACUGAAACUGAUAAGGACAUUCAAACAAACAUGGAGAAUUUCAGCAGAAUGGCAGCUGGAGGUGCCUUUGUACUUCAAGGUGUUCCACAUAACUACAAUCCCUCCUCUCUUGACUAUUUCCCACCAAAUCAAAUCACAGAUCUUGAGGCCACACGUGAGGGGAAUGUGAUCACUCUAACAUGGACAGCACCAGGAGAUGAUUUUGAUUUUGGAAAAGCUCAACGGUAUAUCGUAAGAAAAAGUGGAAAUAUCCUUGAUCUAAAAGACAAUUUUGAUGAUGCCAAGCCAGUAAACAUUAAAAAUCUAAGACCAAAGGAUGCCAACUCUAAGGAAACAUUUACAUUUGAACAAGAAAAUGUAAGAGAAGAUGCAACCCACAUGUUCUUUGCCAUUCAGAGCAUGGAUGACAGUGGCCAUACAUCUGAAAUAUCCAACAUUGCACAAGUAGCAUUGUUUAUUCCUCAAGCAGAUGAUGAUAAUUUACAAGAGGAAAAUUAUCCUAGUUCUGGAAUCAGUAUUUCCACUGUGGUGUUGGUGGUGGUUGGAACUGUGGCAGCUGUUAGUGUUAUUGUCGGUACCACUAUUUGUAUCGUUACAAGGCGAAGAAGUUCUAAUAGACCUAGGACAGGAUUUUAA